GGAUGUUUGUUUUUUACAGAGAAAUUACAGUAACAUUUAGAUAUAUAUGAUAGGCUACUCUUGUCUGACUCUUUUUAGUGUUGUAUGUAUGAUUGCACUCAGUCAAUGGAAAAACAAACAAGUUACAAACACAGAAUCGUGACAAGAGUUUUUGUUUUAUUGAAGUAGCACACUCUAACAUCCAGUUCAUCCAAACUCCAUUCUUUCUUUGCAAGCUAUAAUUGAAAAUUUAGGCUUUUGAUAUUUGGAGGACUUUGAACAUUUAUUUCAUACUUUCAACUCACUCACACUGGCAACAGGCCAAGACAACAGAACAGCAGGUCAUGGACAGGAACGUUUUAUCACAAUGACUGUGUCUAUAUGAUGUUUAAUCUGGAAAACGGAAAUAAUACCAACCAAAAAUUGAUUUUUAAAUAGAGAAAUCUUCAAUAGCUUCUGACUGUAUUCUGCUGUCAUAUUACAAAAUGACUGUACAUGUAGCAUUGGCCCUCUAGCAACACAGAAAAGGACAUUCAGCAAUCAACAAUCAUAGUGCCACUAGGCUUAUAAAAGUUACUCUAAACACUGCAGAACUGUAUAUAAAAAAAGAAAAGGUUAUCUUUUAAAUGAUUUAUAGUAUAUUAUAAUGGAUGCAACAUCUACGUCGCUUGCAGAAGACUUGCAGGAGCUCCAAUUGGAGCGAGUGAUUCCCCGAUCAUUGAAGACAAAUGAAGAAUUAGACAGACUAACAGUUGAUGAACAUCUGAGUGAUAUUGAAAGAGCUGUUUAUUUAUUAAGUUCUGGUCAGGAUGUACAGAGAAUUUGUGUUAUCAGCAAUCUACCUGAUCUGAUCAAAAAUAAUAAUGAUGAAUGUAUGCGAAGAGUUGUUCCUAAAGUCAGGGAGGUUUUACAUGUGGCUCAAACUGAAAUGCAGCUUGCAGCCUCCUCUGCAUUUUUACAGAUACUUCAACAACAGAUAGUACCAAUACAGAAUUAUACUCAAACAUUCCUACAAACUAUAUUAACUAGUGUAGAAAGUAAAGAUCCAGAUUGUGCUAAUGCAUGGUUAGAAACAUUACUAGAUGUUAUAGAUCUUUUACCUAAAGAUGUUAUUAAAAAAGAGAUUCUUGGUAUAGCCAUUGCUAAAGGACAGCUUUCACAGUCAGUACAAGCCAGGUUAGCUUGCUGUAGAAUACUCGGAAAAGUAUCCACAAAAUUUGAAUCUUUUGUAAUAAAGAAAGAGAUUUUACCUGUUGUACAGUCAUUGUGUCAAGAUGUAGAUUAUGAAGUAAGAGGUUGUAUGUGUCAGCAACUUGAUCCUGUUGCUAGAGGUUUAGGGUUAGAAGCUACAAAGAGUGCAAUAUUACCAGAACUGGUAGAGUUAACCAAUGAUGAAGAGAGUUAUGUUCGCAUUAUUGGUCUGGAAACUGUUGUUAAUAUUCUUACUUUACUUGAUAAUGAAAUUUGCAUAUAUACAAUCAUUCCAUUGGUUUGUAAAUUCUGUCAACAGGCCAUACAUUCUCAAGAUUCUACAUUACCUGUUAUAGCUAAACAACUUGGUAAACUAUGUCAUGGCUUGUGGGAUAAACUCACAGAAGACAAAAAAGGAUGGUUUUUAGAUCAGUAUCGAAGUUUAUGCCGGGUGGGGUUAGAAAAAUCACGUUCAAUUGAUAAAGACUGUCCUUCGAAGACUGAUGUGUCUGAUUUGUUUGACGAAGAAGAUAAAAAAGUUGAGUGCCGGAAAAAUUGUUCCUAUAAUUUUCCAUCAAUGGCAUUACUGGUAGGAGCAAAAUGCUUUAAAAUCGAAUUACAUUCAACAUUUGUUGCGUUAUGUAAAGAUCCCCACGUUUUAGUGAGGAAAAAAAUGGCAGCUAGUUUUCACGAGGUUGCUCAUAUAUUAAGUUCAUCAGCACAUACUUUACAGAAUGAGUUAAGUUUAAUGUUGAAAGAUGAAUCGAUUGAGGUAUUAAGAUAUAUUAUAAUGCAUUUACCAGAAACAUUGGAUAUUUUAUCUAAAGGUGACAGUAAAACAGUUACUGAAGCAAGGAUGAAUGCUUUAUCUGAGAUAAUACCAGCUAUUUUAUCAGCAGAAAUAGUUGUUUUUGCAUCCAAUGAUUGGAGAUUACAGGAAUCUUUAAUGAAAAGUUUAUCCUGUCUUCCUGCAUGCUGUAACAGUGAAGAUAUAUAUUGUAAAGUCAUUCCAGUUUUAUUCCAGAAACUUAAAACCUCAAGAGCAAUACCUGUUCGUCAUGCUGCAGCUCAGACUACUCUAGUGUUAAUAAGACAACUUCGUAAACUAGAACAACGAGAACAAUUAAUUCACAGAUUAGUCUCAGAUUUCUGUCAUGGUAAAAGUUGUCAUCAUAGAAGUUUAUUUAUUGAUAUGUGUUAUUUUUUUAUUGAACUCUUUUCCAAGUCAUUUUUUAAGGACCAUUUAUUUGACUAUGUAUUAGAACUAACCUCUGACCCUGUUGCCAAUGUGCGAUUACGAAUGUGUUUUAUGUUACCCAGUUUAAAACGACAAGUUAAACUGCCUUAUGACAGAAAUCAUCUGCAAUUAUUAGAAGCAGCAGUACGGAAAAUACUCAUUAAUGAAAAAGAUAGAGAUGUUAAUGUUGCCAUCAAAUCGGCAGUAGAAGAAUUAGAUGGUAUUCACGUACAGAUGGAAUCGAUUAUGUCCAGACGUAAAAAUUUUGAAGAAGAUACUGAGGAUCAGAUAAAAGAAGAAGAAGAAAAACAAUUAAUUAUUAUGGAAGAACAAGAUCGAAAAGAAGAAGAACAAAAAGCCAAACUAGAAAAAAAGGGUUCAAGUAAUAGUAAAAUACCAGCCCCCAAAAAAGCGGCACCAAAGUCUGGAACUAGUAGUAAAGGUGAUUAUAAUCGUGAUUUUAAAAAAGCUUCAUCUUUACCUACAGCUGGUGGUAUAUCAUCUACUUCAACUAAAGCUUUAUCUGGUGGUAACAAAUUAACUAAACCAGCAGCUAAAUCAGCUAGUGCUCUUACACCUAGUGCUACUUUCAGUCGUAAAGGAUCUGGAAGUGGUGUAUCAUCUACAUCUAUAGCAAGUACGUUGACUAGUAGACGUGGUUCUUUAACAAGUGCUGGUAGUAAUAGUGACACAAAAUCUAAAAGUAAAGUUGGAAAUAGUACCAAUGGUUUAAACACUGGAACUAAAUCCAGAAAAACAUCCAAAUAGGCUUGUGAAAUUGGACAAGCCAGCUGUAUAAAUACUUGAAGAAGAUACUCUGAUUACCACAUGUUUAUUAUCCAGUGAGACCCAUGCAUUACGUGUAGUAUUGAACAUAGAUUAUACAGAUCUAAAGUAUGGUACUUUAUUAUUUCACUUCAAAGUGGAAAAUGGUAAAUGAAUGUGAUUGAAGAAUUAUCAAAAAAAAAAAUUACCAAGAAGAAUUAAACAUUUUGUGCUUACUU